GUCGCGCGUGGCCGCCCCAGUGUUGGUUGGCGGCGCGCUCGGCCCCGGGCCGGGACGUUUGGGCCCCAGUCUCUCCAGGUAUUGCACUGGCGGGCCGAGCCGGUGCGCGCGCCGCGCCGGCGCGCCGGCGGACGGUGUGUGUGUGGGGCGCGCGGCCCGCUGUGAGGACCCUGUGUGACGCUGAUGGACGCUGUUGUCCCGGUGUACCACGGACGCCGUCAGCGUCGCGCGCCAGCCGACGGCCCCGCCACCGCCCGGACGUUCAGCACGCACCUCAAGUCGGCUCGCAUCCUUGUUUCUUUUCUCUGCCUUCACCUUGGUUGGCCAGGACUAGUGGGUUUGUGCGCCCGGCGCGCUGGUUCACGCUUGGGCCGAGCGACCUGGCGCCGGGCGCGUCGCUGGCGGAGCAGCACAGUAAGUCAGCGCCCGAAGCCACACGCGGUGCGCGGCGGCCCACAGUGACGCCUGGGAUUACUCCGGUGCCGGCCACGAACUGGCGCGCCAAUGUGGCAACAUGUGCUGGACUGGGUCACGUCUAACGACGUUGGUGAUGCCUGGCUUACGUCACCUUCGUCAGGUGUCUCAGUGUGAAUGUUGAUGACAGGAACACAUCUCGAUUGCGUUGUAACAUCACCUGUAAGUAGGCCUUUUCCUGCUUCCGUUUUCCUACUUCAUUGUCUAUAUAUCCUCGUUCAGGAAGUGUGAUAGUGCGCCAGGGUUCUGCCAGCUGGGAUAUAGCUGAGAUGGCUUUGAUUAUCAUGUUAUGAACUGUACUUAGCCGUUGAAACAGUGAGGUUAUAAAAAAUUAUGGUCAUUAUAUAUUCAUAGCAUCGUGUCAUGGUACACCAUGACAUGAUGACAUGACAGUGUUUCCAUGUGUGGAAUCGACUGCUGUUAUGCGGUCAGCGAAUGUCUUGAAGUGGUCGUCUGUAGAAUGAAAGCAUUCGUUUACUGAAGUUCCCACCUGAUCGUUGUGAAACUGGUAUGUCUGCCUACCUGUCAUUGGCUGAUUUAUUACGGUAUCGUCUGUUGAUGACCGUUGCUAUGUUUCUUGUGUUGUGCCAGUAUGUGGCAAUCAUUCAUUGUGUGGUCAUGUUUCCCUUUUCAGUUCAUCGCGGUAAGUGGCAAAAACGGCUGACUUUACAUUCACUGUCAUCUGAAGCCAAAGAACUGUGUCUUGAAAUUUACAGCUGUUCAGGAGAGCAGAUUCACGGCAUUCACGACGGAUUUGUUGAACCGCUAGACUGAAGCAUCGCGAAUUUCUCAAAACGCUGCCGGGCCUUUUGAAGCAUCAAAUGUUGGCCUUUCUUCAUGGAGCUCAUGAACUUAUGCUGACAGUAGUUGAGCUUGAAUACUAUAUGUGUCCUUUUGCAUUAUACGGUCAUAAAGGCUCUGGAUUUUGUGAUCCCGCAGUGUUGAUACUUAACUAAAACCAAUGUUAUCUGAUAGCGUCCUUUUGCCAGUACCUCCGUUAUCCUGGAAGCCAAUAACUAUAAACAGGAGUUUAAACUUACAACGCCAGAGAAGCGGGUGCUCACAGCCCUCCUUCCUUACGUCAGGUGGCCAUACACGCUGCUCACGUGCUCCAUGCGUGGAGCGCGCUCAAAACCCCAGUCUACGCAUUUGUAGAUGUGGCCUGCUGCGAUUAACUCACUACUUUUUAGUCAUUUAAAAAAAACUAAAUCAAUAAAUUCCGUUUUGAUCUCGAUGACGAAACAAGAUUUCAGGUGAGUGAUGCUGAAAAUUUGAAGGCCAUUGAUUUGCGAGAACGUUUCCUUUUUUAUCGGACCCUUCCCUGCAUUACGAGCCUUCCCUUCUGGGUGUUGUGACACCUGUAUUAUGUUCAACACCAGGGUACGACAAAAUCACCAGCCUGUAUUGUGGCAGCUGUGCGUUGGUGACCACAGUUCGCUUCCACUCGAAUGCUGGCCGGGUCAGUUUCUAUCAAUCCUUGGUGGUUCGGCGGGAUGGCUAACAGGGCACCAUGCUCGCGCCGGUAAUGGGGGUGGCCUGAACGGUGCUGCCUCCGGCGUCGUUGCCGCUCCACAGCCAGUCGUGCCGUACACGUUGGUGCCCGGUAUGGCCGGGGUAAGAGCGGCCUCCCCUGGCCCGGACGGCGCCGCGGCGGCGACAGGCCACCUCUGAGCGACGCGCCGCUGUUCUAGCGCCGCCGGGCCGGCCAGAGCGGCAGCCAUGGAGGCGGGAGGCGAGCAGGCGGCACCGGGCGCCGACAAGGCUGCCGCCAGGGAGCUGGCCGCUGGUGACGACAACUACGACACCCGCUCCGAGGUCAGCAGCUCGUCCAAGUCGCUGCACUCGGAGCUGAGCGUCGACGUGGACGAGGGCUCGGAGCCGAGCGUCUCGUCCGACGACGAGGAGGAGGAGGAGGAGGAGGAGGCGCCGCCGCCGCCGCCGCCGCCUGGCGACAAGGCGCCGGCCAACGGCGAGAAGGCCGCUGCUCUAGCUCCCGCCAGCGGCGGCGGCGGCGGCAGCGGCGGCCGCGAGAGCUACCUCACCAAGCUCAACUACUUGUUCCGCGACGCGCGCUUCUUCAUCAUCAAGUCCAACAACGAGGAGAAUGUGGCGCUGUCUAAGGUGCGCGGCGUGUGGUCGACGCCGCCGCAGAACGAGGCCAAGCUGAACCAGGCGUUCCGCGAGUCGCGCAACGUUCUGCUCGUGUUUUCAGUGAAAGAGAGCGGCCGGUUCUGCGGGUUCUGCCGCGUGUCGAGCGAGUCUCGCCGCGACCUCUCGCCCGUCAGCUGGGUGCUACCGCCCGGGCUGCCGGCGCGCGCGCUCGGCGGCGUCUUCCGCGUUGCUUGGAUCAACAAGAACGACCUGCCGUUUCCCAAGACGGCGCAUCUGUACAACCCGUGGAACAACGGCAAGCCGGUUAAAAUCGGCCGUGACGGCCAGGAGGUGGAGCCGCGUGUGGCCGAGGAGCUCUGCCGGCGGUUUGCACGUGACGACGCUAUCGACAUGAACCCUAUCCUGAUCGACUCGAAGCGCGCCUCGCGCACCGUCAAGACCAGCAAGCCGCUGCUGAUGCCGACGCCGCCGCCGAUGCGUCGCGGCCGGCGUGACUUCCGCGAGCGCGGCCGCUCGCCGCCGCGCUUCCCGCCGCGUGAGCCCGUGCCGCGCAUGUACCCGGAGCUGAUGCGCGAGCUGGCGGCGCGCGGCGCCCCGCUGCCGCCUCUGCCGUACCCGCCGCCGCCGCCGUUCGACCCGAUGGCGCCGCCGCGCUACUACGACGGCCCGCCGCUGCCCGAGUUCGUGCCGGCCGGCCGCAGCGCCGAGCGCCGCAUGUCCGAGUACGACCGCUCGGUGGAGGAGUUCCUGCGCCAGACGUCGGCGCACCGCGAGCGCAGCAGCCGCGAGCGCCGCCACCGCGACCGCCGCUGAGCGGAUGUGAUAGCCGGUGUCGACGGAACGCCCGCGAGGUUUGAACGCGGCCGCGGCCGCGCCGAGCUGUGGCCGCUGUUUAAUGCUCCGCUCUGUUGACAGAGGGCAGAUCCCGAGCUGUGGCCGCUGUUUGAUUGCCGCUGUUUGAUUCUCCGCUCUGUUGACAGAGGGCAGAUCCCGAGAUGUGUCCGUCGAGCGCAGCGCAGAGCAUGCCCUAGCAUUCUGUUGUUUGUAUGCCCUCCUGCGCGAGGUUCGGCCGGGGCGGGAGCCAGUGUUGGUCGGGGCGAGGUGUACCGUUUUUGGGAGUGUUGGUCCUGGUCCGACGGACGUGGCGGCCAAUAGCGGGCCAUCACUACAGUGGGAGUCGGCCGUUCCCUGACGGUCAUGAGCCUUCGAUACGGAGACUGCUGGCUGUCGAUGGCGGGAUCUCGUGUGCCGUGGUCGCUGGAGCCCUCGUCAGCGGUCUCCGGCGGUAGGUGGCCGACACUGGACGGGGUGGCAGUGCGUGAGGCCAAUGACGAGCCCUACGCUGAUGAGGUGGAGCCACUGACAUGCUCCGUGUUCGUGAUAGUCGCCUCUUGGGGCGGGCGCCCGCUGUCGGUAGCUCUUUGUCAGCCGUUAGGCACGUGACUAGGUGUUUUGAUGUAUAUGGAUCACAUGUUUUGUCAUCCGCUACGUAGGAAAUGCAUAGACCAUGAGUUU